CGAGGACUCGGCGAGAAGAGGGUCACCUGUGGGUGCCUCGGUCGUGGACUUCUCAGCCUGCGGCAAACGGCGAGGAAACAUUUCCGUGGGAGCCCUCCUCUCAGCCCCUCCAGCACGGAGGCGCCACGUGCCUGAGUCUCCAGGGCAAGCUAGGAGCUUGGAGAGACAGAGACAGCUUUCGGGCAUCCUUAGCAAACUCCUACUCCUAUGUUAAAGCCCUAAGUCUGACAUCCCCUCCUCCAGGAAGACCCUGUCCCUGUCUCUGGGCCUUCCCUGACUUGCAUGGGCCUGGGCCCGCAGUUCCUCUUCCCGGGCCCGAGCGAGCGAGCGGGGUGCGCCCGAGGCCACGCAGGUCCGCAGGGUCGCCCGCGUCCAGGUGAGCCGCGCGCGCAGCCCCGGCCCAGGUGUGGCGGCGGGACCCGCCAGGCUCCCCGGAUGGAGGGCGCCGUGCUGUGGGCGUCGUCGCUGUGGCUGUGGCUGUCGCUGUCGCUGCUGCGGGGCCCGGGCGGCCAGGGCCUGUCCUGCAACGUGACCGCGGUGGACUGGGCGGCGGAGUUCGAGGCCGAGUGCCUGAACCUGAGCGGCCUGGGCGUGCGCCCCCCGCGCAACGGCUCCCUGCGCGCGCGCCGCCUGGCGCUGCUCGACCUGUCGCGCAACGGGCUGCGGGAGCUGCCGCCGCCCGGCUUCUUCGCGCAGCUGCCGGGCCUGCGCGUGCUGCGCGCCGCGGGCAACCCGCUGGGCCGCGUGGACACGGCGCUGGCGGCGCGCUGCCCGCGCUACAGCAGCCGCGACCGCGGGCCCCGGCCCCGCGCGCCCGCCCCGCGCCGCCCCUCCACGCCCGACUACGAGAACAUGUUCGUGGGUGACCCCGCCGCCCCGCGCCAGCAGGACCGCCUCGGGGCCCAGCAGCCCCCGGAGGACGGCGACCUCUACAUGAACUACAGGAGCCCGGACGCCGACUGCUCUCCCGUCUACUGCAACCUGCAGGCGCUGGGCCGGGCCGCGCCGGGCGAAGAGGAGUACGUGGUUCCCGGGCGCUGAGCCCGCGGCGCCCCGCCC